AAAGCAAGCAAAGACGUAGCCGACUCGUGGCGGACGAGAGGGCCGCAAUCCCAGAUGGACACCGGCGAGCAAGCCGGGGAGGAGACGUCGGCGAGCCGCCGGGAGCGCCUCCUCGCCCUCCGCUCCUCCUCCGCUGCCGCCGCCGCCGCUUCCUCCACCUCGCCAUCUGCCGCACCGCCGCCGCCGCCGCCCGCGUGGGAUCUCCCGGAGCCCGACCUGGCGCCCACCUCCUCCGCCCCGCGCCCGCGCACGCGCACGCGGUUCGACUUCUACACCAACCCCGGCGCGGCCUUCUCCUCCGCCGCUGCCGUCCCGCACAAGCGCAAGAGCGCCGAUCCCCCGCCCCCGCCUCAUGGGAACUAUGGUAACAAUUAUCCUCCUCCACACGAGCACCAUAUGGCCCCAUCUCCGAUGGAAGGUGCACCAGGGAAUAGUCCAUGGAGAAGUCCUAUGCAGUUCCAGACUCCUAUGUCUGGAUACCGAGGAACCCCUCCUGGACCUCCACCUCACUGGAACCCACAUUCUACUCCUCCAGCUCAAGAUCAGUAUCCACAUCCACCCAACUUUGGGUUCAGAGGUCGUAAUGCUGGCCGAGGGGGCAGCCCAAUGAAUUACAGACCAAAAGGUAGCUCGAUGGAUUACGGACCAAGAGGUAGCCCGAUGGAUUACGGACCAAGAGGAAGCCCGAGGAGUUACGUACCAAGAGGUAGCCCGCAUUUGUCUUCCGGACGUGGCAGGGGCGAGAACUACUACAACAGCCCAGGGCCAAGAGGAAGAGGGGGAAGGGGUGGCUUCCACAACCAUUCUGGAUCGCAAGAUCAGAGGAACUACUACAGGAAGUCCAUGGUUGAUGAUCCUUGGCAGGACCUGCAACCUAUCGUUGGCAGCAUACUGAUACCCAUUGAUGGCGCCAAGUCCUGGCUUCCAGAGUCAUUGCGUAAAAAGAAGGAGGCACCUAACCAAGGACGAACGAUACCAAAUCCAACAUCAGGAUUGAGUCUGGCAGAAUACCUUGACUUGUCUUUCAACGAGGCUUCUAAUGAGUCUAAUGAGACGUGACAUGAGUUCUUAGUGUCAGGACUUCCUUUUAGCAUGAACUUUUGUACCAUUAGGAUUGCUGUUGUUCUCAGCAUAUAUUCAUCACCUUUUAAUUUGUUUCUCCUGUAUGUUAGACUGCUUCUCUCGGACUAGAUACAAAGAUUUUGAUCUGUGAUAUUUGUAGAAUUGUUUAUGCACUUCUGUGGCCAUCUUGUACCUUGAUUUAGGGUGAUGCAAGACAUACCCUUUGACCUUUUUUUUUACGGGGACCUAUUGAGCUUGUAUUGUAUUA